AGGAGACGCCGGAAGUGGAGGAGGGGCGCGCGGCGCGGCCCAGGGUGGGAAUCUUUUUCGGGCGCCGGGGGGCGGAGGGAGCCGGGGAGGGAGUGGAACGGAGCGCGCGUGCGCGCGCGCGCUGCCGGCCGUCGCCGCGGUGACCGUGCCGGGAGUCCGUCGGCUCGCGCCCCGCCCCCGUCCCGCGUUGUCCCCCUCCCCCGUCGCGCGCCUGCGGAGGGGGGGUGUUUUUCGCUCCUCUCGAGUGGCCGCCGCGGUCGCCGCCUCUCCUCCUCUCGCUGGCUUGAGUUUCCCUGCCGCCGCCUCCUCAGCGGUCUGUCUGAGGAGCCCGAGGAGGAUGUGAAGAUGGCGGAGCUGCAGAUGCUGCUGGAGGAGGAAAUCCCGGGGGGGCGCCGGGCCCUCUUCGACAGUUACACGAACCUGGAGCGGGUGGCCGACUACUGCGAGAACAACUAUAUCCAGUCAGCAGACAAGCAGCGAGCCCUAGAAGAAACCAAAGCCUAUACCACCCAAUCUUUAGCGAGUGUUGCCUACCUGAUAAAUACCUUAGCCAACAAUGUACUGCAAAUGCUGGAUAUCCAGGCAUCCCAGCUACGGAGGAUGGAAUCUUCAAUCAAUCAUAUAUCACAAACUGUUGAUAUUCACAAAGAGAAAGUUGCCAGAAGAGAAAUUGGUAUUUUGACUACCAAUAAAAACACUUCAAGGACACAUAAGAUUAUUGCACCAGCCAACCUUGAACGGCCAGUGCGUUAUAUUAGAAAGCCAAUUGACUAUACAAUUUUAGAUGAUAUUGGACAUGGAGUCAAGUGGUUGCUUAGAUUUAAGGUGAGUACCCAGAAUAUGAAGAUGGGUGGGCUGCCUCGCACAACACCUCCAACUCAGAAGCCCCCCAGCCCCCCUAUGUCAGGGAAAGGGACACUUGGGCGGCACUCCCCCUAUCGCACACUGGAGCCAGUGCGUCCUCCAGUGGUACCCAAUGAUUACGUACCUAGCCCAACCCGUAAUAUGGCUCCCUCGCAGCAGAGCCCUGUGAGGACAGCUUCUGUGAAUCAAAGAAAUCGAACUUACAGCAGCAGUGGGAGCAGUGGAGGAAGCCACCCGAGUAGUCGGAGCAGCAGCCGGGAGAACAGUGGAAGUGGGAGUGUGGGGGUUCCCAUAGCUGUGCCUACUCCCUCUCCUCCCAGUGUCUUUCCAGUAGCCCCUGCUGGCUCUGCUGGUACUCCUCCCCUUCCUGCUACUUCUGCAUCUGCCCCUGCCCCUCUUGUUCCUGCUACUGUCCCUUCCUCCACUGCCCCAGAUGCUGCCUCUGGGGGUGCCCAGACCCUUGCUGAUGGCUUCACUUCUCCUACUCCCCCUGUUGUCUCUUCUGCUCCCCCUACAGGCCAUCCUGUUCAGUUCUACAGCAUGAACAGACCUGCCUCUCGCCAUACUCCCCCAACAAUAGGAGGCUCGUUACCCUACAGACGCCCUCCUUCCAUAACUUCACAGACAAGCCUUCAAAAUCAGAUGAAUGGAGGACCAUUUUAUAGCCAGAAUCCAGUAUCUCUUGCUCCUCCUCCUCCCUCCAUCCUUCAGGUAACUCCCCAGUUACCUUUAAUGGGAUUUGUGGCCAGAGUCCAAGAAAAUAUUUCAGAUACUCCACCUCCACCACCACCUGUGGAAGAACAAGUCUUUGAUGAGUCACCUCCUCCACCUCCUCCCCCCGAAGACUAUGAAGAGGAGGAAGCAGCUGUGGUUGAAUAUAGUGACCCUUAUGCAGAAGAGGACCCACCUUGGGCCCCAAGGUCUUACUUGGAGAAAGUUGUGGCCAUUUAUGAUUAUACAAAAGACAAAGAAGAUGAGCUGUCCUUUCAGGAAGGAGCCAUUAUUUAUGUCAUCAAGAAGAAUGACGAUGGUUGGUAUGAGGGAGUCAUGAAUGGAGUGACGGGGCUGUUUCCUGGGAACUACGUCGAGUCUAUCAUGCACUAUUCUGAAUAAAGCUCAGCAGGGCUGCUCCCCUCACACAGAGUAGCCAGGUCUUCCCAGAUAAUCAGAAGGCCCUGGGGAUCCCCCCUCGAGUGAAUUGAAGGAUACAAAUGAUAAAAAGUACUUGUGGGUUUCUUGUUUGUUUGUCUGUCUCCCAGUAUUAUACAAAAAAAAAAAAAAAAAAAAAGCGCAAGCUGAGUUUGAAUGAGUCUUGCUGCCAUCAUUUCACUAUGCUGAACCGUCUGGGUGGAAACACAGUGACCAGUUUUGUAAAGAUCUGCCAGAGGUAUAGCAGCAUUGCUAUGUCAAACAAAUCAGGCCAAGACUGAUUUGGAAAAAAGAAAUCAUGUGGGAUCUUUCUCAGGAAUACUGUAGACCCUUGACAUUUCUUCUCCUGUAGAGUCUGUGGCACUGGCUCUUCUUUAGUGCCUGUGCUGAGGGCUUGGCCUCGUGGCCAGGUGCAUGCCCUAGCCCCACUUUCUUCCAUUUAUAUGAGGAGGGGACCACACUUGACCAUCCUUACCCAUUUUGAUAACUAUUCAGAUGACUUCUUUCCCACGCUAACACUGCAUUCUCUCAGCACUUGAGUGCACCGAUGAGUUAAUGCAGAACUGGUUUGCACCCCUUUUGUGUUUCAGUUUGUAGAUUCCGAGGAUAAAAUGUUGAGUCUCCAAACAUUGUUAGGGUGGUCAGCCAUUACCAGUUUGGUUUUAAUAUGCUGAUGUUGCAUGAAUCUGCACUGCUGCUAAUGACCAGGUGCCUGGAUGUAUGAAACAUGGUAGGCUGGCUCAUACAUUGAAGUGGACAUGCAAAGCCAGACAUGAAGGUUCUGGAGACUGAACUGUAUAAAAUGUUGGACUCAGUGGACAUCCCUUACCUUAGGUGCUGUAUGGAAGAGUAGGAUCUCGGAGGUCAGACUAACUUUAUUCUUUCACUAUUUAGAAAAACUUAAUUUUUUUUUUUUAAGUAGGUAUUUUCAAGUCUUUUGAUAGCCACUGGGAAUAAAAGGCUUGCUACUGUGCUUUCUGAAUGUUAUUAAUGGCCAGUAUUAGCUGCUCCUGAAUUACUCACUCAACUCUAGAAAAGGCAAAUAUUGUCCAGAUUUCAUAUAAAUAGCCUCUCAAAUAGUUGUUCUGGGUAAGAAUUUGAACCUUGUAUCUCAGAUGAAAAUAAUGGGCUAUGUGGAGUAAGGCUAAAAGCCACAUCGAUCAAAAUAGAACUGUGAAAAAAUAAUAAUGCUUUUACACCUGUAUGAUUUGUAACUUCAGGUCCAAACAGUAAUACAAAAAGAAGUAAUCAGUCUAAGAAAUAUUAAAAUCCAGGAAGACUUCCUGUGCAGCAGGGCAUAUAAAUACUGUGACAAGGAGCCCAUUUCGGGACUGGUCAGACUGCUGUGUGUUCCAGUCCUGGUGAGUUAGCCAGGAGAGAGCUUUGUCAGGUAACUCCCUGUGCUGGGUGAUGGGGGAAUGGCAAAGAGCCUUUUCCAUUUCAAACACAAGGUCUCCACUGCAGAUAGAGUCUCCAGUGCAGACAGAGGAACUUGAUUUAAAAGACAGUAGGUAUGGCAGGGAGGGAGGUCAGAUGGUGUUGACAGAAGAUAAUAUUCUACUGAUGAAGCUAUUACCUGAGCAGAAAACCUCAUCACUGCUGUCUGCGCCCCGGAUAAUUCUCUAAUUCCCUUACUGGGGCUUGUUUGUGUUCAGGUUAGUCUCUUCCCUCCCCUCGCUGUGAGCCAACUCUUUUAGAUGGCUCUGACAUUUUGCACUUAGCUCUCAACUUGUUUCCAGCACACAUUCCACUUGAUGCUUUUAUUAGGUUGUCCUGACAACCUUUCUUUCCUGUUUGCCUUCAAAAUAAUGUGCCCUGCAUGUCCCCUGAGCCUUGAGCUUCUUUGUGGACCCACAGUAGACAUUCUUGGACAGUUUCAACUUUUCUCAAUUUCAAUAUGCCUAGAAAUGUGAAAUCAGAUGUUCUAGUUACUGAAACUUUAGCUGAGAGAAAGCUCUUAGAUUGAUAAGGCACUUUGAAAUCCAGCAAACAGCCCCCACAGCUCACACCUACAGAAGCAGAGACGAUAACUGUGGAAACGUCUCGGUGGCAGUCAGCUUUCCUGUGGGAGCCCUGCUGUUGGGAUGGAGAAGUCAUUGAAGACCUUCAUACUUUAGACCCACAGAGGGGAAUCAUGGGUCAGCUGAUUUUUCCCCCCUGUAUUAUUUAGUACUAAGGCGUGUGUGUGCGUGACUUUUGUUUUGUUUUUAAAACAAUACUUGUUGAAUUUUCUGCAUAUUUUGAAAUUUUUGUAGAGUUCUGGAUUCUGUACAUUGUCUUGGAAGGAUAAGAUGUAAUGAUGAUGGUCAGGUCUACAGUAAUUGGAGACUCAGUGUAUGUAAUAUUUCAUAGAUUGCAUGCUAUUAAUAGUCCGUGAGGGAAAUACUCCAUGUUUUAUUGUAAGUUUCCCCCAACCUGUCUUUUGAUAGGAAUUCCAAAUGAAUGCAUACACCCUACAUGCUGUGUCAUCAUCCUGUAGCAAAGAUGCAAGUCUAAAAUGAGCAGGCAGCCAAUCAAGAGAAUCUGACAAGACAGACCUUUUUUGGACUUGAGUGACCAUUCUUCUUUUGCCUUAGAGAAAUAAAAAUGUGGUAAUUUUGUUUGUUCUUUUUUUCUAUCUGAAAGGCUAUAGAGUACAUGACAAAAUUUUUUUUUUUUUUUGGGCAGUGACCUUAUAGUCAAGGCAAUAAAUCAGAAACAAAAAUAGUAUUGUGUUCAAAACUCUACCUGAUUGAGUCUGCUGUAUUUGGAAUAAAUAAGAAUCUUUUAAGUGUUCUUGUUCAGCAUUUUCCAUCUUUCAGUUACUUGUUACCUCCUUUAGGGGCACCUGCUGUCCCCAUCUUGGGGCUGGCAAGGCCUGCACUUUUGCUGUGUUCCUCCCAACCCCAGGUGACAGCCCCAUGUGGUAGCUGGUUAGAAUGUGCUGCCAUCUGUAAGGAAGCUGUGGUUUUUUUUAGUCUUGUAUUGACUACAGAUCAUUGAUUUUUGUUCAAGAGGCAUCAAAAUGAAGGUAAUUAUUUUAUCCUUUUGCAUUUCCUUUCCUUUAGCAAGUAACUUUUUCGCAUUAAGAAAUAUAUAUAUAUAGCUUUCCUCCUUGGUAGAGAAUGGCAUGGCCUGGGGUUGAUGGGAAAUUUGCAGGUGACUUGCCAAGUCUUAAAAAAAGAAUAAGGAAUCUGACUCACUGCCCAUGUGUUCAAUUCUGACCUUUUACCAGUAACCCAAUUACUAAGAUGAUUUCCUUACAUGAUUUACUUAUGUAGGAUCUUAGUUAAAUUUUAUUUCGCUGAUACGAGAUAUUUCCAGUAAUUGUGAUUUAAUAAUGGUAGAGUACUCAACACUCAGGCGGUACUCUUCCUGCAGCUGUCUUAGCUGAAUGUUGCUAGUUGUGUCUUCGCAAGCUAGGAGUUCUACUUGAUAUCUUCUAGAAGAUACUUGAAAAGAUGUGCCAUGCUUCAAUACCAGAGAGUAUUCAGACUGUUGUUGGAAGGAGUGCGGUAAAUGCAACUUUAGUGGGAAACAUUUUAACUCUAAAUAAAUGGUCUUUUCCUUUAGGUGUAUGUAGCAAAAACAUGUUGUAUUCUUUCAGCACUGUUUGGGGCACAUCAGACUGCCUUAUUUGAGUGAGCCUUAUAAACAGUUCUUGAAUAGUCAUUUUCACUUAUCACCUUAAGUUUCCUCUAUGCUGAUCUUUAUUCAUUUCCUAUUCAUAAUCUCCUCUUUUGCAGGAAAAACAAAAACUGACAAGUGAAAGAAAAGGGGUCAAGCUGUGUAAACCGAUCCUUACUAAAUCUUGGUUUAAGUAAACAAAAACCCAAAAGCUCAUUUUCACAUUAAAAUGGAAACAUUGUUUGCAGUUUCACAGUUCUAUGAAAAAGCAGUUUUUAUCAUAGUUUGUGUCCAUGCAUCUUUUAGCAAAAUGGGUUCCAAAAAAAAAUGUAAACAGCUUGUGAUCUGGCCAGUUGUACUUCUAGCUCCUGAAGGAAAGUUAAUGUUAGGAGUGAAAACCCAGCAGGAAACCUUAAGGGAGCCACCUCAAGUCCCUGUGCCAUCACCACCUCCAGGGGAGGUGGCUGGAGAGCAUUCACUUUUUAAUUUUGAAGCUGUACUUGGAAUUAAUUGUUGCAGUGUUACUAAGAACUUGACCUAAAUAAAAUAUCACAAAAUAUA